UUUCUUCUAAACUCAAAUGGUAUGGAUAUCAUCUACGGUGAAGACAAGUUGACUUACAAAGUAAUCGGCGGUAUACUCGACUUUUACAUCUUUCUUGGACCAUCCCCCAUUGAUGUCAUUGAGCAAUAUGCCGAAUUAAUCGGGCGUCCUUGCCUUCAUCCAUAUUGGUCCCUCGGAUAUCAUCAAUGCAGAUUUGGUUACUCUAACAUUUUCAAAGUUGCCGAGAUGGUCUCAUCUCAUGCCACUGCUGCAAUUCCACUCGAUGCUGCCUGGCUCGAUAUCGACUACAUGGACCACUACAAACCUUUCACAUACUGUCAGUCUCAUUUUCCCGACCAUAAACUUGCCGCUUAUGUAAACUCACUCCAUGAAAAUAACCGAAAGAUAGUGGCGAUAUUGGAUCCCGGUAUAAAAGUUCAAGAAGGGUAUAAACCGUAUGACGAGGGAAUCGAAAAAAAGUUGUUUAUUAAAUAUGAUCAUGGCAGUAUUGUUAGCAAUUUUGUUGGCAAAGUUUGGCCUGGCACUACAGUUUUCCCAGAUUGGUUUAAUCCCGAUACGCAAGAGUAUUGGACGCAAUGCUUGAAAGAGUGGAUGGAUAAAACAGGUCUUGACGGAAUCUGGCUUG